UGAAUUUUUCACGUUCAUAUUCACUUUUUACUUUUGUUAUUUCCUCGAUAUUCGUCAUAUAUAUUUAAUUUCCGAUUUCCUUAAUCAGUCUUCAUGACUUCUUUGCUAUGUUUCUAACGGCUAUUAUGAAGUUUGUGCAAUGGAUUUCAUGUUUACCAUGAGCAUGUGUUCGCUCUAGAGAGGUAUGAGUUAAGUAGAUAAUCGUAGUGUCACCAAAAGUAAACUUUUAGUUUUGAAUCUUACCCUGGAUAUUUCAAAUUGAUGUCUUGGAUGUAUUCAAUCGCAAGUGAUUAUUAAACAAAUUGCUGAAAUGAACUUUGACUGUGCUGUUAAAUUACUACGCUUUGAUGAAACACCGACAUUCAAUACUGAAAGUAUUAAUACUAUGACUUCAAAAAAAACUAAUGUAAGUAAAAAAUCUAUACAAACAAAACGAUCUAUUAGGAUUUCUAAAAAAUAUUCACAUCAAAACAACAUGUAUAUUAAAAAUGGUGGACAAUUAGGAACUAAUAAAAAACAAAAAAUUACUUGCAAAAAACAGAAAUUUAGCAAAAUCGAACCGGAAAAAUCUAUAACUCCUCAAAAAAAAGAAACUAAAAGAAAAAAAAAUGAAAUUUCUGCUUCUACAAAGUCUGCAGAAACCAAUUCAACAUAUAGUGAACCCAGUGAGUUAUCCAAUUGUUCUCAAAACCUUUUUGUAAAAAAUAAAGUAAAUAUUUCUAAACCAAAUUCAUUAAAAACUAGUAAAACUGAUACUAUUUUAGAAGAUUUUGCUAUGACUAAUUUAAAUAAAGAUAAUUCAACUGAUAAACUUGAAAAAAGCAAUAACAUUGUAUCAGAUAAGAUGUCUAAAAAACAAGCUGCAAAAUCUGUCUCUUUCAAAAAAAAAAGCUCCAUGUUAAACAAUACAAAUAAAAAUAAAACUUCUAAUGAACAUGUAAGCAGUGAUAAAUCUAUAUCAUCAAAAGUUUCUAAAACUAAAACCUCUAGACCUGUUAUUUGUAAUGAAAAAAAAUUGGCUAUAGAUAAUAUAAAUAAAAAUUCUGUAUCUGAUAAAAUUGAAAAUACUAUAAAUUUUGUAGUAUCACAAGCCUAUCAAAGUGAAGCGCCUAAAUCUACUAAAAAUAUAUCUAAAGUAAAAAAUUUUAAUCAUAAUAAAAAUAAUGAAUCUAAUGUACUUGAAUUUAGCAAUAAAAUUGUACCACAAAAAACUUCUAAAAUUAAAAGUUCUACAAAGCCCAUAGUUGACAUGAAGAAAAAACCUAUAAUAAAUAAAAAUAAUCCACCUUACAAGCUUGAAGGAAAUAAUGAUUUAAUAAUUUCUCGUCAUUUUGGACGUCCUUUUAAAAGAAAAAUUUCAGAAUCUGAUAUCGAUCUUUUAAAAGGUGAUUGUUAUUUAAAUCGAUCUAAAAAACUGUCUGUAGUUUUGGAAAAUAUAAAAUAUUUUCCAAACAUAGUUUCGUCCGAAAAAUCUGGAGAUGAUACCAUGAUGCUGAAAAAUAAUAAUCAGUUGAAUCAAUCCAGAAAACUGUCUGUAGUUCAUGAAAAUAUUCCACAAUGUCCAAAGCCUGAUUUUUCUGAAAAAUCUGAUGAUACUGUAAUGUCUGGAAAUGAUAAUAAACCACCAAAAAUUAAAAAUAAGUGGUGUGAUGAAUGGAGUGGAAACAAAUUAUUAUCACAUAACAUGUUAAAAUCCAAUUUGUCUGAUAAUGUUUUGAAAACUCAGAAAAAUAUAAUUCGUAAAAAUGUUAAAGUAAAGCGAAAAAAAAAAUUAAAUAUAAACAUUAAGAAUCCAGAUUUGAUUGGUAGUUUAAAUACAGAUAUUGAUCUAAAUAAUUCAAUAACAAAUAUUCCUGAGACAGAACACCAUGAAAACAUAUCAAUUACAAAUAAUAUUACUUCCACAAAACCCAUAGGUUUGAGGAAUGAUAAUAUCUCAGAAACUGUAGGUGUUAAAUCCAAAAAUAAUAUGCCAUAUACUGCAGAAACUGAGAGUUCUUCUGAAAUUACUAUACCUACAGUAUCCAAUAGUGUAUUGUCCAAUGAUAAUGAUCAACAUUCCCAUUUAAAUGUUGAUGAUUCAAAUUAUAUAUCAAAUCCUAUGAUUAGCUCUGAAAUAAAUUAUGGAAUGGCCAUACUGUCUGAAGCCAUUAGUCGUCAAUGUAGAGAAUCAACCAACAGUGGCAUUAAAAGAAAAUCACCUGAACCAGAUUUAAACGAAAUGGAAUCUCCUCUAAAGAAAACCAAUGAUAUUUCAAGAUCAUUAGUACCUAGUGCUAAGAUAUCACCUCAAAUAUUUCAAAAAUGUAUGUCAAAAAAGGUGAUCAAACAUUCUUCAGAAUUAUAUGAACAAUCUGUUGAAGCUAAAUUAGAAUCGCGUGUAGAACGUGAAAUUUUUCUCCUUUCAAAACGUUUUAAUAUAUCAAUUGAUACUCUUAAAAAGACAGUUCUAGAUGAACCUCUUUCUGUAUUCCAUAAAAAUUACUCUGAAUCAGUCCCUCCCUCUAUGGUAACAAUAACGCCUAUUGUAAAAGAUGUUGAAACUAAAUCAAGAUUCAAUGCAAAUUACUUUUGUGAAAAUUUAGAUGUUGAUUAUAAAGUAGAACCUAUUAGAGAAGGUGCAGCUUAUGAAAAGAAUAACUUGAAAGAAUUGAUGUCUGAACUUUCAAAAACAAUGCCUUCGUGGAGCUUAAGUAUUGUUACUAAUCCACUGCGGUAUGUUAUCUCUCAUAUGAUAAUAGAUAUAUAUGGUAUUCCUAUAGCAAACAAAUGUAUUGUUCUGGAUAAAAACUUUAGAGCUUCUGUUUACAUUAAUCAAUGUUUAGAACAUACCUACUGUAAACAUUAUACGACAGCAACCGAAAUUGUUAAUCUUAUCAAAGAGUUGAAUUCUAUAUGAUGUAUAUCUAUAUGUAAAUAUAUUUAUUUAAAUAUACUUAAGUAUAAUAAU